AUGAUUGAGCUCGGCUCACGAUACAGAAACAUCAACGAACACCUUGGGUAUGGGGCCUCUUUGGUGCUUGGAACGACUCUGUCUGAGACGAUGUGGACGAAGAUUCUGCCAAAGAGUGGCAAGCGGUUCGAGCAGGUCAUGGAGCACCUGCGGCAAAUUGGGAUUCCAGGCAUCGCGAUGCAAAUGAGGUCCACCUUUGAGAGGGUCAUCGAGUACGAAAUGACUCGGCUAAGGACCCUAGUUGUAGAGCAAGUAGCGUUCAUAGAGGAGCAAAACGCCACGUUCCAGGUGGUCGAUGGGGUUGAUAAUUCGUGGUCAUACCCUUUAGAUGCGUCUUUCGCUGAGGCUGGGAUCGAUCCACCUGCGCUAUGGGGGCCAGAAUUUGUAUACGGAACUUGA